AACUCUCUUUGAGCUCAGAUGCAGUGAAAACAGCGCGUCCAAGCUUCACAGCGCAUUUCUCUCGAGCGGAUCUGAAGAAACUGACGCUGCUGAUGGAUUUCUCCGGGAAAUACCAGCUGGAGUCUCACGAGAACUUCGAGGCCUUCAUGAAGGCCGUUGGGCUGCCGGAUGAUGAGAUCGAGAAAGGCAAAGACAUCAAGAGCAUCUCAGAGAUCCAUCAGGAUGGAGUGGACUUUAAAGUGACGGUGACGGCGGGAACCAAAGUGGUCCUGUACUCGUUUACUGUGGGAGAAGAGUGUGAGCUGGAGACCUUCACUGGAGAGAAAGCUAAAAGUGUGGUUCAGAUGGACGGGAAUAAGCUGACGGUGUGUGUGAAGGGGAUCGAGUCUCUGACGGAGCUGAAUGGAGACAUCAUCACUAACAUCCUCACCUUCGACGGCAUCGUCUACAAGCGGCUCAGCAGACGCAUCUCCUGAUCAGACGCAGCGCAGUCAUCAUCAGGGGUUAGUGGCUGAGCACCGUCUCCCUCAUGCUGUGAUAGACCGACUCGUUCUGCUUGAACAAGCGCAGCUCCUUCUCCGUCUGCGUCCGCAUCGCCUGAACACACACACACACACACACA